GACUUGUGAGAUGAAUUAGUCUGACAACGAGGUGCUUUAAAAGUUCAUGGUUGACAAGCACACUAAAAUAUUGUAUGAUUAUAUUCAUAAGAAUCAAAUAACGUAUUAAAUUAGUAAUCAAACUAAAUAAAAUACAUAGUAUGAUUUGAAUAACUUUUUAGAGUUUUACUUUGUCGAAUUAAUAUCAUUAGGGGUCUAUAAAUCAACAACUACGUUCACGACGUCAACUCUGCCACGCUGGAACCUGACGCAAUAAUCUAUUUUUAGAAUGUACAACCUACAUUCGGUUUACAUGGGAUUUCAUUCAGCAUCUUGACACAGACGUUUGAGGUUGAAUUUCAAGCUUGCUGCUCAAAUUCUUUUGAAGGAACGUGGGACUACUAUUUCAUUCAUCGAUAUAGAUUGCUGUGCUUCUCUGAAUCGAGUCUGAUCAGAAACCUUGGUGACUGGACUAACUAGCGAUGUCUACCAGUAUAGAACAGCUGGGACAAAUGUCUCAAAAUAGACAAGAAAGAUUAUCAACGUCUGAGGACUUGGACCUCUUGUUUGACGGCAAAGAUCCGAUCCUCUCAGAUGAAAUGAUCUUCAGUUUUGACAUGAUUCAAGACUGCCAAGCCCAAGAUGGAGGUCUAUCUUUCUCAAAUUCUUUUGACUUGACUGAUACUGAUAUUCUCGAGGGCCUGAUGCCGCCAGAGGAGACAGAGACGAGUGUCCAUUCCGUCCCUUCCCCUGACUUCCACCUCAGAUCACCCCAAAACAGUGACAGUGGCAUUUCAGAUGAUCAGAGGUCACCUGCCAGCAGCCAUGAUGGUGAUGGUCAUGUGACUGAUGACCUGACCCUUGACAUGGUGGACAUGUCCACUUUCCUGGUGGGGUCGGAUGCGAUGUUGACCACGGACACUGUGUCCUCUACGACCGUAGAUAGCAUCAGCGCCAGCAUGGGUAGUCCAGAUAGCUUCACAGAUACAGCUUUUACCAGCUCGCUCUCAUCAUCUCCUACCAGUACCAGUAAGAAUAUCUUGCCAAUGACACAGAAAGACAUUUUGAGCUCAGAAAAGCUUCACCCAAUGCUUGUGUUGACUGACGAGGAGAUGAGAUUAUUGAAAGACAUGAGCGUCACUCUCCCGACAGAUGUUCCUCUUACGAAGGAGGAGGAGAGGAGUCUGAAGACAGUGAGGAGAAAGAUCCGCAACAAGGCGUCUGCCCAGGAGAGUAGGAAGAAGAAGAAGGAAUACGUGGAUGGCCUGGAGCAUCGGGUCUCGACGUGUACCAAGCAAAACAGACAGCUGCAGAAGAGGGUCCAGGAACUGGAGACAAACAAUCAAUCACUUCUUAGCCAGCUUAGAAAACUUCAGAACCUUGUUGCCAAGACCACAAGUAAAACAGCACAGGCCAGUACAUGUAUUAUGGUUCUGUUGAUGUCCUUUGCGUUGUUGGUAGCACCGAGGUUUAACCCUUUCAAUGGAGAUUCAGCUGACCUUGGUUCAUCUCCUGUCAAAGGAUCAUCACGUACACUCAUGAACAUCCAGGAACCUACCGAAUUUCCGAUGAGCGAAGACAUCUCACAGAGUCAUUCGCCAAAGAUCUUCGUUACCUCACGCAACGCGCUAAACACAUCACCUGCUUUUGGCAAUGAUGAGCUUAUGGAAGAAAAGCACGGAAUGAAGGACUCUGAGAUUUAUCUAUCGCCGGUAGCCAUGGAAACAGAAGAACGUGCGAACAGAUCGGAGGUGCAUACAGUGGAGCUGGAAGCACAGCAAAGUCAACAUUCGGAAAACCAGAUGGAUCAUUACACGGCAACGGUUGUGAAAAGAAAAAUACAUGUGGUCAAUGAUGAGAUGUAGUGCUUGAAAGAUGAAUUAAACAUUUGAGACUUUCUGAUACUGACAGCUAGAUGAAACUAUGAUGUAAGUUUUACACGGCAGGACAAAAUAAACUUUACUGGAAAGGACUUGCCAAAAACCAUAUUCCAGAAAGGUUUUAACAUUUGUUAACAUGUACUUUCACACAUUCAAGAUUGCUUGGGGAAGGAUUUUUUUUGAUAAUCCAUGAUUCCUACUCUCACAAAUUUGUGAUCAGGUUCUGCAUGUUGCUCUUCUGUUGACCAGCUCACAAUAUCUUAAUAGAAAUGAUCGGCUUGGAAAGGCCAUCUGUCUGUAAAGACCUAUUUUAGAGGAUCCCUUUGGUUGAGCUUUAAAGCUUGCCUCCAGUCCCCUCUUGGGAAAAUAGUUGCAUUUCAUCACAAGCCCUGGAGAUGUUCUUCUGAUCGAUUGUAACUAAACUUGCAAUUAAUAGCAACUCUUUGUGUACUAGGGUUCCAGAUCAAUGAAAUCGCUUUAAGUUACAUACAUGUACAUUCUCAAGCGAAGAUGUAAUAUUUUGUCAAAAUGCAUAGUUCAUUUAUCAUGUGUAACAAUCUGCUUUGGAAACAAAGGUCCUCUGUAAUAGUUGUGAAACUUGCAUUUUGAGGAUGACCCCAUAUAGACUUCUGAAGCUGUGCAAGUUGAGUAACCAAGCAGUCUUGGAAACAUUUAAUUAAGGGAAACUUCUUUUUCACCUUGAUCUAAAGUUAAGUCUAUUCUUUUUAAGAUUGCAGUUGCAUACACUUCUUUACCAGAAUGCUGCAGCUGUUCCUCUUUCUAUUAUUUUAAUCCCGCAAAGUGAACAAGUUUUUACAGAAUUAGAAUAUUUGGAUUUACAAGGUUUUUUUUUUCAUUCACAGUAAAGUGACCCUUUGGUGUACUCCCUCCCCCUGCAUGUACUUACACAUUCUUAUUUAUUUCUUGUAUUUUUUAAUACUUUUUUUUAAUGAAGUGCUUAAAGAGCUCUCAAAUCCUCAUGGUUAUAAAUAAACACAAUUAUGCAGACAUUUAAAUUGUAUCAAAAGACAACCUUAAAAUAUAAAUAUGUAAGGUUCACUUCAAAAUCAUCGUAAAAAUCAAUUGUCAUGUAAUGCAAGUGAGGAAUUAGGUUAACUCCUUUAAAUCAAGUUAUCAUUGUUGUCUUUACAGUGGUCUUUAUUGACAUACAUGUACAGGUUUCAUCAUUGAGCUAAGAAUUGUGUGCUUUCUUGAAUGGGCUAAUCCAAUAGUCUACCAAAUAACAUUACUUUAAUUUAAAUUUAAAACAUUGGACUUGGCUAAUGGUUUGUUUACCUUCCAACUGAAUGAUCAUGAAGUCGAAGCAAAGUCUUUGAACAGAUUAUGCAAAGUGUGAUAUGAUAGUUAAAUACCUCUUUCUGGUGGGUUGAAGAUAUUUGGCUUCGGCAGAAUCGUCUUUUUACAAUUUACCCUAAUUUUUUUUAAUUCCUAAUGUGCAAUUUCUUGUCAUUCUGCUUGGCCCUGAUGAUAAAUUGUCCCCCUUGGACUAAAUGGAAUAGGCCCAGCUUUAUUCAGAGAUAUAUCAAUACUAUACAUGGUGUAAAUAGUUGUAUAUAUUAUCUGUAUAUAUUGAUGGUGAUAUAUUUUGCUACAACGUGAAACCUAUAUAAUGACUAUUGACUAAUUUUAUAUGAUAUAAAGGAUAGAUAUGUCCACUCAGAAAACUAAAAAAAGGGAUUUAUGAAGAAUAGGAAUUUCAUUGGCAAAGUUAUUGUCAAUUCUGGGAUAUAAUUUCUCUUGGCACUGAAUGUUUUUGCUUAUCAGUACUGUAUAUGUCUGCACAAUGUCUAGAAAAUUUGCCAUCUAGGCCCACAAAUGGUUUCUCUAUGUGCAUGCAUAUUUAUGAAAAUAAAUUAUCUAAAUUGUUGAAUAGAGAGAUAUAGGAAAUUAUGUUUGCAACAUUCACCAUUACACAAUUGUGUGCAAUGAAUGGUAAUUAUGAAAGAAUAAUCCUCAUUGGUUGGUCCCUGGUAGUGUCUUGAAUCAAAUGACCACGCAUCAAUGAUCUUGAUUUGUCAUCAUCAUUAAUGUAAUGUCCUUUCAUAGUGUAGUCAUGGUCAACAGCAGUGCUGUCUCUAACUCUUUCAAAUGAUCAUCAUUAUGUCAAUUCAAAAUAAUGUGAUGAUGCAUAAUGUCACACUGCUUUCCAAUUCCAAGUCCCUUUAAUAUUUCCAUCAUGACACUUCAUUUUCACUUUUUUUUUCAGGAAAUGUAUUGUAGGGAAUGUUUUUGUACAAAAAAAAAAAGAUUUUUGUAAAUUAAAUCAUGGAUGUAACUACA